AUGCUAUACGGUUUCUCUUUCUUGGUUGUGGCUAUGACCUGUGCCACCACUGCCACCAGUGCUACCUCUGCCGUCCCUUUCACCUGGCCCCCUACGCAAGGAUCCAUGUCCGAUUUCGAGUACAACUUACGCUACGGGUGCGAUUUCAUGACAUGGUGCGGAGGCUUCGAUGGCGGAUGCGAAGCCGAGGUAUUGCAACCCACAAUGCCACAUAGAGUUGCUGAGCACUUACUGAUAUAUCUGGGUGAUGGUAGUGCCAGCGUCAAGGGAAACAAGGCUGGACUUGCACGAUGGUACCGCCAGUGGCUAGAUGCCAUGCAGUUCCCUAUACAAAACCCAGUUGAGGCUGAACGCUUGACUACACUAAAAAUCAAUGCAACAUCUUUGGGAGGCGAAGAGGACUUCGCAAAACAAUACAAGAUGACCUUGGACUUCUUCUAA